GAUUGUCUUUUCCCUGUGUUACAAAAAAAAAAACCCCUCUCAAAAUAGGAAAAGACACCAAGCUUGCUAUUUUUGCCUUUUUAGAUCCAUUUUUCUCUCUUUCCAUUUUUACUUCCACUUGACUCUCUCUAGGAUUUUCAGAGUUCCAAUCUCUUUUCUUCCCCUUUAACUGCAAAAGAUCAAGCUUUUUCUUGAAGGUGCCUGAAAAAAAAAAGUGAAGAAUUUUAGCGUUUUUUUUUUCUUUAGGCUUUUAGGUAGUUCAGCAUUGUGGGUUUUGAAUCAUUUUAUUGGUUAAGGAGAGUAGGAGAAAAUUAAAGUGUAUAAAUAACUUUCAUUUUUAAGCGGUGCUAUUGAAUUUGCAUUGUUUUGUUCAUUUUGAAGCUUGUUUUUGGAAGUGGAUUUUAUUUUAUCUUCUUUAAAGGUUGUAGUUUUCUUUAUUCUGUUUUUGGAGAAAUGGGUUCUUCUCAUUUGUUCAUUUUGCGUAAAAUGUUGUUAAAGAAAUGUGAUUUGAUUAGAUUGGAUGAUUUGCAUUGAAUAUUGGGUUUCAGUGUAGUUAUCGGCUUUGUCCCCCUUUUUUUUCUCAGGAAAAUGGGUAAUUGAUUAUUCAUUCGGUUGAAUGCUGGUGAGGAAAUGGGAUUUUUGGUGAAGUUGGAUUAAUGAAAUAUGAGAUUUAGAUUUAGUUUGAGCUUUUAAGCUUUUUGUGUAUGGUGGGAUUGGAUGAGUAUAAAAAUAUUGGAAAAGUAAAAAUUUCUUGAACGAAUGAAGGGGUAGUGAUUGAUUGUAAGAACAGAAGAAGGUUUUAUCGAGGUGUGGAUUAUCAUGGGUUGCAUUUGUUGUAAGCCAUCUGCUAUUGAAGAUAGUAAGCAGAGUCCUACGAGUAAGGUCUCAUUAGAUGUUAGGGUAUCAAUGGCAACUUCUUCAAGGAGGGAGGAUUCACAGAGAACAAAGGACCGAUAUGGUAACAGUGAAGGGAGGACAAUGCUGAUUGAUAAACAAGUGAAUGGUUCGGUUCGAAUUCAUGGGGAGAAUUUGGAUAGGAAGAGGGAGAAGGUGGAGUGUGUUGUCCGGCAACACCCAGGGAGGGGUAGUGUUCCAAAAGCUAUAGAAGGGGAGCAGGUAGCUGCCGGGUGGCCUGCUUGGUUAGCUGCAGUGGCAGGAGAAGCAAUCCAAGGAUGGAUACCACGGCGUGCAGACUCAUUCGAGAAGCUAGAUAAGAUUGGCCAAGGAACUUAUAGUAAUGUUUAUAGGGCUCGUGAUUUAGAUCAGAAGAAAGUUGUUGCUCUGAAGAAAGUAAGAUUUGAUAACCUCGAGCCAGAGAGUGUUCGAUUCAUGGCGAGGGAGAUUCACAUUUUGCGUAGACUUGAUCAUCCAAAUGUUAUAAAGCUGGAAGGUCUCGUUACCUCAAGGAUGUCUUGCAGCUUGUACCUUGUUUUUGAGUACAUGGAACAUGAUUUGGCUGGUCUUGCUUCAAACCCUGGUCUCAAGUUUUCAGAACCGCAGGUUAAGUGUUACAUGCAGCAACUUCUGUGUGGUCUCGAUCAUUGUCACAGCCGCGGUGUCCUACAUCGUGACAUUAAGGGUUCCAACCUUCUACUUGACAACAAUGGCAUCUUGAAGAUUGCGGACUUUGGUCUGGCUAGUUUUUAUGAUCCCCUUCAAAAUCAGCCCUUCACAAGCCGUGUUGUAACUCUUUGGUAUAGACCACCUGAGCUUUUGCUUGGUGCCACUUACUAUGGUACUGCUGUGGAUUUAUGGAGUACAGGCUGCAUACUUGCUGAGUUAUAUGCUGGCAAGCCUAUUAUGCCCGGAAGAACUGAGGUGGAGCAGCUGCAUAAAAUUUUCAAACUUUGUGGCUCACCUUCUGAAGAUUAUUGGAGAAAAUCAAAGUUGCCUCAUGCAACCAUUUUUAAGCCGCAGCGGCCUUAUAGACGUUGUGUUGCAGAAACAUUUAAGGAAUUUCCUGCACCAGCUUUAGCUCUCAUGGAAACCUUACUUUCCAUUGACCCUUCUGAUCGUGGAUCUGCAGCUUCUGCUCUCAAGAGUGAGUUCUUUACAACAAAGCCUCUUCCCUGUGGUCCUUCGAGCUUGCCAAAGUAUCCUCCGAGCAAAGAGUUUGAUGCAAAGAUGAGGAAUGAAGAAGCUAGAAGACAAGGAGCAGCCGGAACCAAGGGCCAGAGACCUGAACUUGAGAGGAAAGCAACAAGAGAGUCUAGAGCUGCCCCAGCACCCGAUGCUAAUGCUGAACUAGUCUUGUCAAUGCAGAAAAGACAAAAUCAAUCCAAUUCGAAGAGCCGGAGUGAGAAGUUUAAUCCUCAUCCUGAAGAAAUUGCCUCAGGCUUUCCUAUAGAUCCACCUAGACCAUCACAAGCAGUAGAAUCAAAUGCAGAUGCACAUGGGAAUCAUCCCAAGAGAGGCUCCCAUUCAGGGCCACUGUCUCACCGAGCUGCAUGGGCAAAGUCUGGGAAGAACCGAGAUGAUCCUCCAAAAAUUUUGACCGGGGCUGAUUUGUCGAUGAUGUCCGGUUUAGUGGCAGCAAGGAGAAAUAAUCUUAUUUCUGAAGAUCACAGAGAAAGCUCUGGUUCUUCGCAGUCAGAAGCUCCAAAAUUAUUUGCUAGGUUUCCAGGGUCUUUUAAAGAGGCCUCAGAAUCCUUCAUCCAACAUGAUCAGGAACAUAAUGUGCAGCAGAAAGAAGAUGGAAGAAGUGACAACAAUGACCCAGUUCUGCUUGGUUAUGGAUCAAAGGGUAACAAAAUUCACUAUUCGGGUCCAUUAUUAGUUCCAUCUGGCAAUGUGGAUCAGAUGCUCAAGGAUCACGAUCGCCAAAUCCAAGAAGCUGUUCGGCGAGCACGACUCGAUAAAGCAAAGAAGAGAAAAGUUCAGUUAGAAGCGAACCAUAUGUCAACCACUUCAUUAUUUGUGUCUGGUCGUUGAACUAAACUUUGUAAACAGCAAAUCAUAGUUGAGCAUUGUCAAGAUGAUCACUGCAAAUAAUUUGGCUGCUGAUUCUCUUGUCAAAUAUCCACUCAAGUAGUCCAGUGGAUACUUUUUUUGUAUAGGAUAGUGCUUUGUUACUCGGACUCAGGCAUUAGUGGCAGAUACAGGUAUGAAUAUGAUUCUCGCACGAGUAUGUUCAAGUUUUUUAAGUUGUGUCAUGUAUUUGAAAGGCAUUUCCGAGUUAUUUAGGAGUAAGAUAUGGUGAGAGGGUCGGUGUUUUUAGGAAGCUGGCUUAGUAGUGGGCAUAUAUCUAGCUAAGCUUGUAGCUUGUUAAGAAAACCUUUUGUCCGUGAUUCAUCAUUUGUGCAUUUCUUUCCACUCAGCAACUGCAAUUCUGCAUAGAUAUGGUCCAGCCUUGUAGAGCUUUUUGUCAAGAUAUUGUUGUGUUCUAGAUUUGUAAAGUCUUAGACUUGAAAAUUGUAUUUAUUGGUACCAGAGUUAUUAAUUGUAUCGGCUGGUACAUAUCGUUUAAAGAAAGAAUAGUUGGAGGUUCAAUGUUAAGAA